AUGUCACCCAUGAGCAUGAAGGCUCGAGAACGAGCUAGUGGCGAUGAUGGAAUGCUCAAGAAAGAACGAAGCCGAUGCAACGACAAAGGCGGUAUGACGACUACGGAGUUACCUGUGGAUCUGUUUCUACGAAACGGCAUCACAUCAGUUCCUGUGGCUCUUGUUCCAACCAAUAACGGAGUCAUACGGAUGAAGAAUCCGAAAGCGAUUCAGGCGGAAUUGCGAUCGGUGACGGCCCAUUUCCAGAACAUCACUGAGGUCCGCCAGUUUGGAAGAGACGUCGACCCCGGUGGGAGUCAGCGGUCGUCGUCGGCUUCGCUACAGCAGACGACCAACCGCACGCGCCUGCGAAGCAUUCCACGCCUUCUGUCCCAGCCAGCAGCAGAAGCGGCGACGGCGGCGUCUGCCGUGGCCUCCGAUACUACCGUGGCAGGUGCAUCGCUGAGCAGCGAGGUCCAGCACAGUUACCAGCUGCGGUCGUGCAUUCAGCGGCCUCCGAACGCCUUUAUGCUGGUCGCUCAUGAAAAGAUGCGAUCGGUGGCCGCUGAGAAACCGAACGAGAACAACCAGCGUGUGAGCAGCCACCUGGGCAAGCUGUGGCAUUCUCUCAGCGCCGCCGACAAAGAGCCUUACCAGCACAAGCCGUCCGCAGCUGCCGCCGUCCACCGAAGGAAGCACCCAGACUACCUGUACAAUACGCGUGAGGCCCAGCGGUGCAAGAUGCAGGCGCGCAGAGCCAAGGCGAUUGCCAGCGAGCUUAAGAGGGGCACUUCCGUGAACCAGGAGCAGCAGCCGAGGAUUUCCACGGCCGUGGCCCAGGAUAGAGGUUCUCCGGAGUUCCUGCAGCAACAGCAUCCGCUGCCGCCGCCGCAGAGCAACGAAAACCGUGCAACGAGCGCUGCCCGCGGCAGCGGUUCGGGCAUUAGUCAGCGAAUGCCGCUCCCUAACCCGAAGGCCUUCGUCACGGUCACGGCAUCGGCUGGCUCGGCUGCGCGGCCCUGCAACGUGCCCUGUUUCCCCGGUCCUCUGCCACCAUCAGUGCGGGGGGCGAACAGAGAAUAUGCCGUGCCCACCGCUCAGUUAACGGUAGCCAGCGCAUUAAAACAGGCUAAAAUGCCGUAUGCGCGUACAGUGCUUGAUAAUCAGCAUCCCCCACGCUCUUCCACGACGAAGACGACGACUCGUCUGCGGGCACGUCGACGUUCGAACAGGGCAGAUUCCUGGGGACCCUAG